AUGCAGGAAGAAAAAGCUCGAUUAUGGCAUGUAAUCAACGCAACACCGAUGCCGCCAAUUUCAUCUCCUCUCACUUCUGCACCUAUCUCUCAAGCUGCUUCAGAAGCAAACCUUACGGCCAAUGCACAUCAACUUAUUUUAUCUUACCUUGUUCACCAUGGAUUCAGUGAAACAGCCAAGGCAUUUUCUCGAGAUGCUGUGCGGAUUUCUCAAACAUACAACAAUGAAGUAAAUGAAAUGGAGGGUGUAGAAAGCGAGAGUCCGUCGCUGGAUAUGGAUAUGGAUAUGUUAAAUAGGCAGA